AGGCAAGAAAUUACAAGCGAGAAGAUGCAAGCGCAUCAAUUUAAUUUUUUUGCCAACAUAUUGUGCAUAUUGAUCCUGGCCCCGUAUGUCAUGAUGGCUGCCUUGGAUUCGGAUGCAAACUCUGAUUUCACUCUGAAUCCAACAAUUCCUCUUCACAGAGUUAUAAUGGAACGUGCCAAAGCGGCGGAGAUAAAGAGCUACAUGAACGAGUCAGCCGAUCCGUGCUCCGAUUUCUAUCAAUUUGCAUGUGGUAAUUAUGCACGGAUUAAUUCAGCGGACGCACAGGAAGUAGCCAGUACAGGACUUUUCGAGCAACUAACGAAGGCGCUUAAUCAUAAACUAAUGUAUAUGUUAAAUAACAAAGAAGAGGAUCGCCACGAUACACCAGAGGAUAAGCAAGUGAAAAUAUUUUAUGAGUCAUGCAAACGACUUGAACUUGGACCCAAUUACGAGGCAAAGCUUAGAGAGUUGAUAUCAGAGUUUGGUGCGAUGCCCGUGCUGGAGGGUGAUGCAUGGCAAGAGUCACAUUUUAAUUGGUUGGAAACGAGCGCCCGUGUAUAUUAUCGCUACGGUGUGACCGCGAUCCUAGCAAUAGAAAUAACAAAGGAUAUUGCAGAAAAUCAAAUAAAUAGAGCAUACAUAGGACAACAGGAUUUCUUAUUGGAAUCGCGAAGCAUGUACCUGGACGAACAGAAUGAGGUUUAUCGCAAAAUCUAUCGAAAUAAGAUUCAAAAUAAUUUAGAAAAAUUUCUUAGUGUCAAGUCGUCGUUGGCCAAGAAAACAGCUCAAGAAAUUAUGGAUUUUGAAGUGGAAUUGGCACAGGGACUCAUGGACGAGAAAGAAGGUCUAGACAUAACCCAAACGACCGAGUUAUUAACGGUUCCCGAGAUACAUAAACGCUAUGCUCCAGUCAUUGAUGUAGAGCGCUUCUUUUACAUAAGUUUGGGUGAGAAUGUAACGGAUCCUGUCUACGAAUUCAACAGACGGUAUCAGGAAAAUCUUCUUAAGGUUAUACCACGUACAAAUGCUAGUACAUUGGCCAAUUAUAUAUUCUAUCGACUGGUCAGUGAUUUUGCCGAAGUUCCACCGGAAUCAGAGAAAAAGAGACGGGAGUCCUGCAUCGAUCUAACCAAGAAGACUUUCGCCAAAAAUUUAGAUAACAUGGUAUAUCGUCGUUAUGUUAACACAAAUGAAACAUCUAACGAAAUCGAACUGCUUUGGCAUCAACUAAAGGCCACUUUUAAUCGUACUUUAAGUUUCAGCCCAUUGCUUAACUGGAUAAAGCCGGAAACCCGCCAACUGGCCAUUCAGAAACUGGCAGCCUUGACACUUGAGAUUAACUCCUAUACCGAGACUGAUUUCGCUGCAGAGCUGGACAAUCUGCAGCUGACCGUGGAUGACUAUGUUGAGAAUAUGCGACAGACUCGUCUCUUGUCGAUGCGACAAGUGCGAGAAGAGAUGCAUCAGCCUGCCAAGCCUAUAGAGGAUGGCCAAUUAUUAAGCUACACUCCAGCCAAUAUACUCGUAGAGAACAUCAUCAAGGUGCCAGUUGCCAUACUGCAACCCUAUCAACUAUGGAGCGAAGUGUAUCCCAAUGCCAUCCUAUAUGGAACCUUGGCCUCGCUUAUUGCCCAUGAAAUUAUGCAUACCUUCGACGAUAUGGGACGCAAGUUUGAUCUCCAUGGCAACGCACAUGAUUGGUGGGACGAAAAGUCAAGUGAGAAUUUCCUGGAACGCCAAAAGUGCUUCACCGCCCAAUAUGCCAGAUAUGUGUACAACAACAUUCGCCUGAAGGAAUCUACAUCCCAGUCGGAGAACAUUGCAGACAACGGAGGUGUCCGUCUGGCCUAUGCUGCCUAUCGCAAUUGGUACAAUGCCGCACUUGCGAAUCCUCAAACUCUAAAGCAGUUGGCCAAGGAGAAGCUACCAGGUCUAAACUACACUGGCAAUCAAUUGUUCUUUAUUAGCUAUGCUCAAAUCUGGUGCAGCGAUACACAUUCUCGUCUCCGGCAAAUACAAUUGGCCACAGAUGAUCAUGUGCCAGGCAAGUUUCGAGUAAUUGGUCCACUUUCCAAUUUCGAAGAAUUCGCCAAAGAGUUCCAAUGUCCAUCUGGCUCACGCAUGAAUCCGAGUAAGAAAUGUAAAAUUUAUUAACUUUUUGAUCAUUUGGAUCAAAUAAAAGUUUAAAGAGUUUGGUCUAUGGAUAGAUCAUCCUUCACUACAGUUUAUUCAGUUCGAACUUCGAACAAUUUUUUAAAUAUAUUUUUAGCAGAAUGAAUUUUUUAAUGAAGUCAACCACAUACAUGUUAGGACAUUAGUUUAAUUAUUUCCUCAUAAAUGCAGAUUCAUAUUUAUCAACUAUUUGUAGAAUAAUCUUUAAUGUAUUGCGAAAGAACUUCAUGUUUCAUCAUUGAUUUAUUAGAAUUUCCCACAAAAUUUUUACGUUUUCAAACAAAUAAAUUAAUUUUAUCAUCAUAUAUUAGAUUGAGAUUAACUAAAAAUCCAUUUAAAAAUGUUCAGUGUAUUUAGAACAACCCACCCAACUAACCAUAACCAUAAACUCAAGCGAGACAGGUGCAUUAGAAAUAAAACGCCGACCUAAUCUAUUUAUGUCGCCUGCACUUGGCUUUGACCGUGAUUGUUACGACUCAACGGCCUAUUCGAUCGAUAAAUGAGCAACUAAGAAUGGAA